ACAAAACAGAUCAGUCCGGACUUCACCUCUCAAACUCCAGUUCAAGACCAGCGAUCACCAGAGCUAAACAAGGCUUCCAGUAUGAUGUCUGCUCCCCGACCACAGUUUUAGCACAAGUGAACCAUGGAAAACUCAGGCAGGCCUUACCGGACCAAGCCAAGCGGCUGGGAGAGGGGAGGAGCACCAGACAAGGAAGAAGCUUGGAAGAUCCCAGACCAGGGUCGAGGACAGAACUUCAGACCAGAGGGAGGUCAGCAGGGCAAGAAGAAUCAGGGUGGGCCCUUUCGGGCCAGCCCCAGGAAGGGGCCACUGGGACCUCUGAGCUACUCCCCUGGUGGAUUUAGAGGCGGCCAUAGCCCCUCACAGAAGGAUGACAGUCGUUGGUUUCCUGGUCCCGAGAACAGUGGUGGGCUCAGAGACGAUGUCUGGAGGGAGCGUCCACAGCAGCAGCACUGGAGGAGGAGUGGCCAGACCGAUGGUCCGAAGGAAGACAGGGAGCAGGGGAGGAGAGAGGACUCCGAUGGCAGUGCCCAUAAUUUAGGGAAAAGACGGAGAAACAGAAACAAGAAGACAUCUUUUGGUGAAGAGAACAGGAGCCGUGUAAAUGAAGACUCCACACUAUCAACCCAAGAGCUGCAGAGCCUGCGUCAAGCAGAGAGUCGACUCCUCAAAGACGGGAUCUGCUCCUUGAAGAAGAAGCCCCACAGUAACCCCAAUGCAGUGUACACCUGCACUCUGUGUGAUGUUCUCUUGGAAUCUGUGUCUGACGGUUACAAGCAUGUCAGAGACAAACGGCACAAGAAAAGAGUCAGGGAGAGGCAAGAACAGGUGAUGCUGACUGAGAUUCUGCCUCCAGGUCCGGAGCAGAUCAGUGCAGUGACUGCUGCACUAGAGGCUGUUGUCCUGGAGCAUGGGAUGAACGAGCAGGAUGUUGAGACAAGACAGUUUGUUGUCUCCAUCAUGCAAGACCUCCUUCUCUCCGUCCUGCCUGAGAUCAGGCUCAGGCUUUAUGGAUCGUCUUGCACCAAGUUUGGAUUUAAGGAUUCUGAUGUUAACAUUGACAUUCAGUAUCCACCUAAUCUGCAUCAGCCGGACGUCUUGUUGUUGGUCAAGGAAAGUCUCUCUGUGAGCCCUGCCUUUGUUGACAUGGAAGCAGAUUUUCAUGCCAGGGUGCCUGUUGUCAUUUGCAAAGAGAAAAAGAGUGGCUUGAUCUGCAAAGUGAGCGCAGGGAAUGAAAACGCAUUUCAAACCACCUCCUAUCUUUCUACUCUUGCGAAUCGGGAGCAGCUUCUCCUCCCACUGGUUCUGGGCCUCAGACGCUGGGCCAAGAUUUGUGAAAUUGACCGUGCAGAGGAAGGUGGGCUGCCACCGUACGUCUUCGCCCUGAUGGUUAUUUUCUUUUUACAGCAGCGCAAAGAGUCCCUCUUGCCUACCUACCUGAACAGUGAGAUCAAGGUGUUUUCACUCGGCAGGUUGUCAGACUUAAAUCUCGUCCAAAUAGAAGAUGGGUAUUUACAUUGGACUUACACUCCUGCCUCCAGAGACUCCUCACAGCCAGCAGAGGGCUCCUGUAUCAAGGGAAAGGUUCCACUGGUGUUUCAGAGCCCUCAUCCGCCUGUUGAAGUCGGGCUCCUCUGGGUUGAAAUGCUUCGCUUCUUCUCGCUGGAGUUCAACAUGGCUGACAAUGUAAUAAGUGUGCGGACCAAUGCCGUCCUCUCCCGAGAGAUUAAAGACUGGCCAAAGAAACGCAUCGCAGUGGAAGACCCUUUUGCUGUGAAGAGAAACGUGGCCCGGACAGUGAACAGCCAGCAAAUGUUUGAGUACAUUGUCCACUGCCUCAAAACCACGUACAAGUACUUUGCACUUCCACUCAACACACCAGCGGCUAAUUGUAAGACAGGAGCGCGGCGUGGACCUAUUCAAGGGGUAGAUGCGAAGGCUUUGAAUAAAGGGAUCUUAGAUCCCUCAGAUUUCAGUCAGCUCACCCUUCAGUCACAACAUGCAAGUCAACCUAAAGCUGUGGAAAAUGGUCCUGAAGACUCUGAUUGCAUUAUCGAGGAGGAGGUGGAAGUUGAAGAAUACAGCGACUCGGAUGAAGAGAAGGAGAAGGUGGAUCUGGGCAAAAGCAGCCUCUCAGAGGAUGAAGACGAGCAGGACGAGGAUGCCCAUACCAGGCACCACUUAGACAGCCUCACCACAGAGGAUGAGGAGAUUUUCCUAGUGGAUGAGAUUUCUGGGGAGGAGCUUUUGUCUGAUGAAGAAGGUCCAGAUUUGGACACACCUGGUUCAAUGGAUGAGGAAGAGGAGGAGGACGAGUCCAACCUGUCACUUCAAACUUCAGAGGAAGCCGUUAAAGACGGGCUGCCAGAAAACAAAAGCCCAAAACAAAGACUGUCUUAUGAGUUCACCAGACAAGCUUUCACCAGAGGAAAGCCUCACAUGGUCGUGUGCAGCUUGUGUAAGCGUGAUGGACAUCUGAAAAAAGACUGCCCGGAAGAUUUCAAGAAGGUGCAGCUGGAGCCUUUGCCCCCAAUGACAUCAGACUUUCUAGGUCGCCUUGACAAAGUCUGUGAGCAGUGCUACACUGACUUUGCCCCAGAUGAACUGGAAGUGGGAGUGAGGGAGCACAUCCUUAAGGACGUGGAGAACUUUGUCAGACGACAGUUUGCUGGAGCUAGGCUACAGCUUUUUGGAUCAUCUAAAAAUGGCUACGGCUUCAGACAGAGUGACCUAGACAUCUGCAUGGUGCUGGAGGGACAGGACACCAUACCUGAUGCUGAAUGCAUCACUAUCAUUGAAAGCCUUGCCAGACUACUGCGGAAACACCCAGGUUUGAAGAACAUCCUGCCCAUCACUACGGCCAAAGUACCCAUUGUAAAGUUCUACCAUGUUCGCACCGGUCUGGAGGGAGACAUCAGCCUCUACAACACACUGGCGCUGCACAACACGCACCUGCUCGCUUCCUAUGCUGCCAUUGACCGGAGAGUGAAGAUCCUCUGCUACGUUAUGAAGGUUUUUGCCAAGAUGUGUGACAUUGGGGAUGCCUCUCGUGGCAGCCUUUCGUCUUACGCUUACACGCUCAUGGUGCUCUACUUCCUUCAGCAGAGGAACCCACCGGUUAUCCCUGUUCUGCAAGAGAUCUAUGAUGGAAAGAAGAAGCCGGAGUCGCUAGUUGAUGGCUGGAACGUGUACUUCUUUGAUGACUUAAAAACAUUACCCAGUCGCUGGUCACAGUACGGGGGUAACACCGAGUCAGUGGGAGACCUGUGGCUCGGCCUGCUCCGCUUUUACACAGAGGACUUCGACUUCAGAGAGCAUGUUAUCUGUAUCCGUCAGCACGGCCGCCUCACCACCUUCAACAAGCAGUGGACGUCCAAAUACAUCGUCAUUGAAGAUCCGUUUGACCUGAAUCAUAAUUUGGGUGCCGGUCUGUCCAGGAAAAUGACUAACUUCAUCAUGAAGGCUUUUAUCAACGGCAGAACAUUGUUUGGCACACCCAUCAAAUCCUUACCUCUUGAAUACCCCAGCCAGAUGGAGUAUUUCUUUGACUCGGAGGUUCUCACUGAGGGAGAAGUGGCGCCCAAUGACCGCUGCUGCCGUAUCUGCGGCAAGAUUGGCCACUUCAUGAAAGACUGUCCCUUGCGUAAGAGGUCUAAGCACAGGUGGGACUCGGACAAAAGGCAAGAGCACCAGAGAGACAGAAUGGAUUCAGCCGAUGACACCAGGGAUCAGGUCAGACACAAGAAUGAGAACUGGAGGAAAAGAGAUGCACUGGAAAUUCGCUGCUGCUACCUAUGUGGAUCAAGUACCCACAUUAAGAAGGACUGUCAGCUGUACAGAAAUCCUGCAGGUAAUGUGAAGAUGGACAACUAUAACUACCCUGCUUCAGGCCACAUGAGGAAUCUGAGAGAAAAGGAAAAACAGGGUUUACCUUUACAAGAAGAGAAGAAGAGAAAGCAGCAGAAUGUCAUGUCAAGUCAACAAGCAGGUAGUCCCGCCUGCCGAAAUGUGGGUCGUUCUGGUCCCAGGAAGAGCCCAGUGGAAUGAACAACAGCAGCAGCUGUGGCUACACACACCAUGAGGUUCUCCACUUGUCCGGGCAGACAGAAAAUCCAGAAACCCUAAAUCUCUAUGGAACUGUUGGGCCAAUGAGAGCCCAUUAAAAGCCAAAGCCAGGACGCCUAGACUUGAAGCCAAAUAGGGCCUUUUUAAGUGUGUUUAUUCUUUUUUUCCCCCUACAGUGCUUCUCCUAAGAGGAGCUUUUUAAACCUUUUUCGUUUUAACAAGACAAGCCAUUAACCCAUGCCCCUCAUGUCCUUGUUUACCCACACUGCCAGUCACGUUUUUAUAUGCCCUACCUUUCGAGCAAUGUCAUUGCAGAUUCAGUGUGGAACUGCUUAAAUUAGAAAAUGUAAGUAAUUCAGAAGGAUCAUCUAUAUGACUCAGAUCUUGAUCAUCAUCAUCAGAAGGUAUCUGCAGACAACCUACUGCAGAUUUGUGUUGUAAUCAAUGAUGACGCUUCUCUGCGCUUUAUAGGCUCAACUGCCUUCACAGGUAAGACCUAGUGUUUGUAAAUGGUGCUUUCAGCAUUCAGACAAACGGACAACAGAUAACGUGUGAUGCUUACUUCUUAAAGUGUCCUGAGGUCAGAUUCAUCAAGAGCAGCGUAACCAGAAAGUCAUUCAUCAGUUCAAUUAUUCAUUAUUUCUCAUCACUAUGUUUUUAUGAUUGAGUGUCUGGUCAUUAAUCUUGAGAUUUAACAAAAAUAAGACGGAAAAGGUUGAAAAAUGUUUAAAUGGCAGUGUAACUUUUGAGAUGCCCAGGAUAUUUUUUAAUGGAAUUUCUUUUAAAGUCUAUUUAAUUUGUCACGUGCACUGACGUCCCUCAGUCUCUCAUUCAGAAUUGAAAGCAGCUCUUUGUGAAUCUUGUCUCCGUGCAUUUAUAAAAACGUUUUGUUGAUAUUUUUUUCCGGAUCAUAAAUGUUUUUUGUUCGUUUUUGGACAUAACUGAUACACCCUGAUUUCAUGAAUGCAUAAAUACCUCCCCUCGACUGUGAGUAACAAGUGCAAAUUGAAGAUAACAUGGCAGUAAAACUGUUUGUCCUGUGAUAAAUCUGGCCUGUAUUUGUUCCACACAUUAGAAAGUUUCGUGACUUCAGUGCAAAAACAUGUAAUUACGAAAGAUCCAUGCUUAUGCUCAGUGGUAACGAUUGACUGUUCCUGCUGAUGACAUACUCUGCUUCAAGCGCUAUGUUCAUGUUCUGUUGGAAAUUUAAUUUCAUUCAGUGGAGAUAUGAAUGUAUUUAUUUGCCACAAAGGCUUAAUUUUGUAGUAAUGGUGCCACAGAUUGGUAGCUGCACUGUGAGGGUCACAUCCUCGUAUUCUGUUGCUGCUAGAUUAUGUUUCAGAGAGCUGCUUAUCAUUCAGCUUUGAUUAUGGACUGUUUGGCUUUAUUGUCGCCCUAAUAUGGCAAUUUUACAAAAAAAGUGUUGUUGAUGGUAUUGUAAUGAAAUUCCUUAUUUUAAAAGUAGCUUUGUUUUAA